AGAGCAAUGAUGUGUAAGUGCUGAGAAAAGUCUCGCUUUAGGGUUUUUUACAUAAGCUAAAUAAAAAGAAAACAAGUAGAAAAAAAAAACACAAAAAGAAGAAUAAGGAAGGCUAGUGUUAGAGGGUAUUUCUUUUAAAUAAAUACAUAAAGAGAAAACAAGUUGAAAGAAUAGAAAAAAAAAUAUAACUAUUUUUUUUAAUAAAAAGAAAACAAGUAGUUAGAACCUAAAUACAAUCGAGUGCAAGUGUAAAAGAGUCAGGUUGUUUUUUAAUAAAUAAAAAGAAAACAAGUUGAUAAAAUAGAAUUAGAAUAGAGUGCUAGAGAGGGUCAAAUAAAAAUGGAAGAGAUGUGUUUUUAGCUGAUUCUUGAGGCUCAGAUUGAGUUGGGCAGAUCAUUGAGGGAACAAUUAAGGUAAAAGUCUGUGAAAGUGAUUUUGUGACUCUUUGGGAUGGCACUAUGAUGUGUCGUUCACUUGCAGAAUUCAAGCUUAUGAAGGGCACAUACUGUAAGUCUGAAAUAGUAAAUGUAGGUAAAGGGGUGCAGAGCUAUUGGUGGUUUUGUGGGCAAACAUUAUUUUUUUCAAGCCUUAAAUUUUAUGCGAGCAGCAAUUGGCAGCCAGUGUAAAUUGAUUAAGAGAGGUGUGACAUGCACUCUUUUCGGCUCAUUAAAGAUUAAUCUUGCAGCAGCAUUUUGGAUUAGCUGCAGAGGUUUGAUAGAACUGGCUGGAAGACCUGCCAAGAGAGCAUUGCAAUAGUCAUUGUAGGAGUUGUGAAGCAUGUUCCGCCAGCAAGAAAUGUCUGUUAGACAAGCUGACAAUGCAAGCAGCUACUGUCAGAUUAUCAGAAUGGAAUGAGAGUUGAAUAACAGUGAUGCCAUGUAGUCAGAGAAGAGAAGUGGUCCAAGAACUGAGCCCUGAGGCACCCCAGUAGCUAGAUGUUGUAACUUGGACACCUCACCUCUCCAAGAUACUUUAAAGGACCUAUCUGAUAGGCAAGACUCAAACCACUGAAGCACAGUUCCUAAGAUGCCCUUUGCCAAACAGGUUGACUGGAGGAACUUGUGGUGAACAGUGUCAAAAGCAGUGGCAGAUCCAGCAAGAUACUCAUUAUAGAUUUAGAAGCCACUCUGGCCAGUCUUAUAGAAUUUCAACAACGAGAGCAAGGCAGUCUUAGUUGAAUGUCCACUUCAGAAGCCAGAUUGUGAUAAUGGCAAAGACAUGGUUGAACAUCUCGUUCAAGUGUUUUUGCAAUUAAUGGAAGAAGGAAUACAGGUCUGAGGCUCUCUGAAAGUGCUGGGUUAAGAAUGAGCUUCUUAAGUACUGGGGUUAUCCGAUGUAUAAUGUUAUACCAUAGUCCUACUAAACAGAUCAUUAGUACAACAUAUAUUUGAACACUCCCAUAAAAAAGGUACAAUAGCUCUCACAGACAGACAGACAGACAGACAGACAAACAGACAGAUAGACAGACAGACAGAUAGAUCUCUCACUCACAAUAAAUGUGAUUUACAUGCAGUUCUGCGGCCAGAACAUCUAUCACAUAUUUUUGUUUACACCGUUAAGAAAAUUGGUCACACUUUCUAUUUGCCAUUUACAGUCUUUUAAAACAACAGCUGCGGGGGUCGUUAGGAGGAUACACUUGAGUAACCGCAUCGAGCAUCAUGGGAAAUAAAUCUCAGCAGCCUCUUAAAUAAAUGAAUUAAGUCGGCAAUUUGCCUGACCGACUGCAUCCCGCGAGCUCUAACGCAAAGUGCUGUUCUUCCACCUGUGAUCCGGUGGAUUUAUGAACUCGGCUGGAUUACAUCCCGAACUGGUAAAACAGCGCGACUCAUCCCUGACGCACAGACCCCGCGUCUGUCUUUCACUUUUAUUGAUCCAUUCAUUUAUCCUCUGUGAAUUUACAAGCACUGAAUAUGCGAAGUGUUGGGAGGAGGUGAGCGAGGAGACGACAUGGGCCAGCGAUGGGGGGUAUAUAAGUCCAACAGAAACAGGACGGACACGUUGAGAGGAGACGUUCCUGGAUAAAGUCGAGGAAGAAAGACAGUAAAAGGGUGUCUGUAAGUGACGGCAUGAUGUGUAAACUCUUUCUGUUCUUCGCUUUGCUUAUCACCGUCCUCGAACCUCUGCUGGGGCAUCCUCUGAUCCACUCGGCAGAGAUGACCUACUCCAGGCCUGUUCUUGUAGAAGAGGAGCAGGUGGUCAGUCCAGAAGACCUGAGUUACUCGGAGCAAGCGUAUCUGUCCCAAAGCGGCGUGGGAUUCGGUUACCCGUCCCUCAUCACUGGGGACAUCAGCAGUGAUGGUCUCAGAACAGCUGGAUUUGUCCCGAGUAAAGCUGCAAAAGAAGUGUUGCUGGAAAAGCCGUUGCUGAGCCGUUUCCUGGGCAGCAGGAAGCAGUACCGCAAACGAGGAAGCAACACAGAGUGUUUCUGGAAAUACUGUGUCUGAAACAUCUCAUGCGCUUCAGUUUCAACACUCCUGCACAAACUCUGUGGGCCUGAUGCACUCAAUCUGCAAAAACUAGGUUUAUGUUUGUAGGAAAAAUAGUGGAUCAUUUAUUUGUACAUGCCUGUACAAGCUUCAAGCUUUGAUGUAAAUAAAGGAAAUAUAUUUAAAAGAGCUGUAAGUUAUUGUGUUUGCAUUACUCUCUAUCAAAAUA